AUGAGCGGAUUUGCUUCGCAGAUACCAUCCAUGGCGCUUCUCGGAUCCGGCUUCACCAGCGAGGUUGGGUUACGUGUAUUGCUUUCUCCACUUGGUUCCAAUAUCGUACUUCGUACAGCAUGUUGUUCGAUUGGCGUCGGGUUGCCUGUGUACUCAACUUUCAAGGCCAUUGAGAAUAGAGAUCAGAAUGAACAACAAAAAUGGCUUAUAUACUGGGCAGCUUACGGUUCUUUCAGCCUUGUUGAAGUGUUCACGGACAAGCUCAUUUCUUGGUUCCCACUCUAUUAUCAUGUGAAGUUUGCUUUCCUCGUCUGGCUUCAACUUCCAACCGUUGAGGGAGCAAAACAAAUAUAUGACAACCACCUUCGUCCUUUCCUUCUACGACACCAAUCUAGAGUGGAUCGACUCGUGGAUGGAGUAUAUGAGGAAAUGGUCAAGGUCGUUAGGUCACACCAAGGAGAAAUACGCUUUGUGAGAUCAAUGAUUGUCAAAAUCUUAGGAUCAGUCAAUGAGGUUGCCCCACCAAGCCAACGACGAGGUGAAAUCGCAAACAGUAGCCCGGAACCAUUAACCGCAACAAACCAAGAUUCAGAAUCCGUUCAUGAAGACUAG